AUGAAGCUUUUUGCUAAUCCAUUAAGACUUUCAAAAAGACUUCUUAUGUCUGUGCAGCCUUUUAGACUUUAUUCUGCUCUUUACGGAAUGACAAUACAGUCAAGAUUAAUCUUAAGACCAUUUGGGUAUGUUGAUAGGCAAGAUGGAAGCAGCUCAGGAUUAGUUAAGAAAAGAAAUAAUACUGAUGAACUUUAUGUUGGCAACUUUAAUUUUGACACAACAGAGGAUCAAAUAAAGGAGCACUUCGAAAAAUUUGGGAAAAUUAAAUCGAUAUCUAUUCCAAAAGAUGAAGAUGGUAGGUCAAAAGGCAAAGCUUGGAUUACUUAUGAAUCUCCCAAGAACAAUACUUUGGCUCUUGAAGAAGAUGGACGCAUUUUCAAUGGCAGGGCUCUCAAAGUUAACUUAAGCUGAAAUAAGACUGGAGAAAGCAAGCGUCCAAAAGAUAUCAUAGAUAAAUCCACAAUUUACAUAAGGCAUCUUCCAGUGACCAUAAAGCAAACGAACCUCAGAUAUUUGUUUGAAAAAUUUGGUAAAAUCGAGAAAAUCGCUGUCAAAGACGAAUCUAAUCCUUUAAUUAAGCCAGGAACUGCCUUCAUCGAAUUCAGCAAACCAGAAGUUGCUGAAAAAGCAGCAGCAGCCAUGGAUGGAAAGGAAGUAGGAAAAAAAACUAUUUCGGUUUCUAUUAAAAGCCAUAUAUACGUUAAAAUGGUGAUACGAGGUUUCAGCCCAUACAAAAGAAAAACUCUCUUUUUCUUGCGAUUGCCUGAGGAAAGCUGGCUAUUAGAAUCUCACUGACUCUAAUAUGCUAGAUCAUCAAAAAUAAGCCUUCCGAGGAAGUUUCCCAUUUGCAAUUUUGGCUCCAAGUCAUAUGAUACAUACUUUUGGUAGUGCGGCAUUUUCUUGAGAAAGGAAAUGGAGAUCCUCCUGCACCUGCUUCUUUUAGCUUGCGUUUACAAAGCGGAUAAAACGCUCAUAUUCGAUAUAGUUUAGGAGCCUUAGUUAAUUUUAAUUGAUGAUACUCUUGAUUUUUAGCGAUUUCGCCAUUUUUUUGCUAUGCCAGAUAAGAUCUGACAAUAUACAAAACAAAUUUCCCGAAAAUUUCAAAGCUAAUUAGGCAAUCAGAAAUUUUAAUUGCUUGAGAAAUGAGAAAUUGACACUAUGGAAAUCCAUUAGACAGGAUAGAUAUAAGUUUUGGGCAUUACAUUGCCAAUGCAGCUAGCGUCUUUUAUUAAUGGAAUAGCCUAAUAUCUAUUAAAUCUGACCCUUCUGAAAUAGCCAAAUACGGUGAAGAUACAAUUCACGUAGGGAAUUUACCAAGCACUAUAACUGAAGAAGAACUCAGAUCAAUCUUUUCAAUAUUUGGAGAAAUAACAAAAAUUGAUGUUAAAAAUUUAUCUUCAGGAUUUGCUUUUAUUAAGUUUACAGAUGCUGAUGCUGCAAAACGAGCAUUAAAAAUUGACCAGCGCCAAUUAAGAGGCUUCCCAAUAGAUGUUAGCCGCUUUGGUGAUACUCAUGCUCAAAUGAAUUCAAUACGAAAAGUGAGUAGAAGAAAUAUGUGCUCUAUUUUAAUACCAAAUCUUACUAAAUCAUUCAAAUUAGAAGAUCUGAAAGAGUUCUUCUCUCAAUUCGGCCAAGUUGUAAGUGUCGCUAUUCCACAAGAAAGAGAAAAAGAUUUUGGCUUUGUGCAGUUUGAUGAUAUUGAAGUUGCUCAAAAUUUGAUAAAAAAGGGGAGUGUUUUAUAUGAUGGAUAUGAACUUCUGAUCGAAAAACCGAACAAAUUGAAAGAAGAAAGUAGUAAAAAAUAUUAA